AUGGCUACCAGAUCCAGAUCUGAUUCCUGUGAACUCACAGUGGACACCAACACAGUGAACAGAAACCUCAGACUGUCUGACAACAGGAAGGUGACACGUGUGAGACAGGACCAGCCGUAUCCUGAUCAUCCAGACAGAUUUGACUGCUGGCCUCAACUGCUGUGCAAAAAUGCUCUGACUGGUCGCUGUUACUGGGAGGUGGAGUGGGAAGGAGAGGUUUUUAUAGCGGUGAGUUACAGAGGAAUCCAAAGGAAAAAAAAGAGUGAUGAGUGUUGGUUUGGAGGGAAUGAUCAGUCCUGGAGUCUGAGCUGCUCUGACGGUGGUUACUCUGUGUGGCACAGUAACAGAGAAACAUUCAUCUCCUCCUCCUCCUCGGUGUCUGACAGAGUAGCAGUGUAUGUGGACUGUCCUGCUGGAACUCUGUCCUUCUACAGAGUCUCCUCUGACACACUGAUCCACCUCCACACCUUCAGCACCACAUUCACUGAAACUCUGUAUGCUGGGUUUGGAUUUGGUUUCUGGUCAUCUGAAUCUUCACUUUCUCUGUGUUCUUAG